AAAUCUCGCUAAAACAUCUCCUCUUUCCUCAAUCAAAAGUUGAAGAAUAUUGUUCAAAACAAAAAACAAUGGGCAGUGAUGAUGAGGUUGUUCUAUUGGAUGAAUAUGUGAGCAUGUUUGGGAUGAGGCCAAGAGUGGCACUUGCUCUGAAAGGGAUUCGCCAUGAAUCCAGAGAGGAAGACUUGCAGAACAAAAGUCCACUCUUGCUGGAGAUGAACCCGGUUCACAAGAAAAUCCCUGUGCUGAUUCACAAUGGAAAACCAAUCUGCGAAUCGCUCAUCGUGGUAGAGUACAUUGAUGAGGUUUGGAAGGAGCAGCAUCCAUUGUUGCCUACUGACCCUUACAAGAGAGCUCAAGCUAGGUUUUGGGCUGAUUUUGUUGACAAAAAGAUCUUUCAGUGUGUGAGAGGUUGGAUUAGGAAAUGGAAAGAUGAAGAAGCCAUAUAUGAGGAGUUGAUAGAUAACCUUAAGGUGUUGGAAGGGGUGUUGGGGGAAGAGCCCUAUUUUGGUGGGGAAAGCUUUGGGUUCUUAGAUUUGGCUGUCAUUUCAUACUACACUUGGUUUUUGGCUUGCGAGAUGGAAUGCAAAUUCACCUUCGAGUCCAAAUGUCCAAAGCUGAUUGGAUGGGGCAAAAGGUGCCUACAAAAUGAGAGCAUCUCCAACUCCAUUGCAGAACCUUUGAAGCUCUAUGAGUUUGUUUUGCAGUUGAGGAAAAGGCUUGGGGUUCACUAGAAAAAUCAUCCUUUCAAAAUCCAUUAGUCUCCAAUAAUGUACAACUUCUAUUAUAGUCUUUUGGACUUGUCUGGUGUAAUUCAUGAGUUGUACCUAAAACAAUAAUGAUGAACUUUAUUGUGUUUAUUAUCA